GUUAGUGGGAAAUCAUUCUUCUCAACGUUGUGCACAAAAACCUAACUCGGACGUAAUGUGCAAAAAUGGCCAACCAGUCAACCUACCUGCCUAGAAAGGAAGUAAAGCCAACGGCGAAACCUUCAACGAUGAAAAUAUCGCGAAGUACGCGUGCAACGGCUGCCCCUGGUAGUACCGAUCCCAAAAUCAUUUACCUAGAUCGGGUUUGUCGCACAUGUUUGGGCGAAAGGGAGAAGGAUCAGUUAAAGGACCUGUUCGAGUUGAGCCUGGCAGAAACGAUAAUGAGUUGCACAAGUCUUACGGUAACUGAAUCCGAUGGGCUUCCGUGUCACAUUUGCUCCGACUGUUGUGUGGAGCUGGAGCGAAGUUUCAACUUUCGGCAAAUGUCCAAAGCGUCUGAUGCGACGAUACGAUCGUUGAUUGAAAAGUCGGUCGUUAUUAAACAGGACAGUGAAACCAAGUAUGAAGUACUGAAUGUGGUUUUUACCGACUCUGACGGUAACACGGAAACAUCCGCCGUCGUCGUACCCAUAGAGGAGCUUCGCUUUCAGCUAAUGAACGCCAACAACACUGUAAUGGAAGUGACGGCUGAGGAGAAUGUCACAAUUCCAAACCGGAAAGCAAUCCAAAUGCAACCUACGCAACUGCUCGAAAGCGACCCAGAUGGCAAAGAGCCUGGUCUGGGGGAAAAACUCGCACUGAAAGUGAAUCCCAAUGAUCUUCUGAACGAACCAACACUUACGACGUCGUCGAACAAAGAAGCUUCGGAACCACCUAGAACGCAAGCUCUCAGGGAAUCUACAAUUCUUCGAAACUUGAAGCAGGAAUUGUCUGAAUUUAUUGGCAGCAACUGUACUGCCAUUACGAAGGAAGUGGAAAUUGUAGAUGAGAAUGAGGACGACGAGCUGAUCCAUGUGGACUACCUAAAGGACGCGCUAACUGAGGAGUAUAUUCAGUUCAUGGAAACGCAACUAGCGUCUACCGGUGCCGGCAACAAAGAGGAACAGCUGGAGCAGGAACAUUUGAACAAUUUGAUCCAUGCGUCAAUGGAAGCAGAAGAACCGCGCGACCGGCAUAAAGCAAGCGAUUACCUCGAAAGAGAUACAACACACUGCAAGAUAUGUGAUGUCCAGUUUAGCAAACGUAGACUGUACCGAAAGCACGUCAAUCGAAAACAUUCCGAAAAACGCUUCGAAUGCAAUCACUGCCCAAGGAAAUUUGCCGAAAAGUCCGUCCUUAACAAUCAUAUGCUGCGUCACACCGGGGAGAAAACACACGUGUGCGAUGUUUGUGAGGCACGGUUCUACGAGAAGACUUUAUUAAAUGUGCACAUGCGACGGCACUCUGGUUUACGGCCCUAUGCUUGCGAACUGUGCGACAAACGGUUCACUACGCGCAGCAUUCUCAACACACAUCAAAAAGUGCACAAUGAUCCUCGGCCCCACAUAUGCAACGUAUGCCAGAAGGGUUUCAAACUGUCCUGGCAGCUAAAGGCUCACAGUCGAGUGCACACGAACGAAAAACCCUUCGAAUGUCCCUACUGUCACAAACGGUUUAACCAAAACGGUAAUUUGGCAGUGCACAUUCGUACCCAUUCGGGAGAAAAACCGUUCAAAUGCAAAAUCUGCGAUAAGGCGUAUCCUAGCCAGGGAGAAUUGAGGGGUCACAUGCGACACCACACGGGGGAGGAAACGGCAAAGAAAGUGGUGUGCGCCGUCUGUAGCAAAGCAUUUUCUGCCAACCACGUGCUAGCGAUCCAUAUGCGCACACACACCAAGGAAAAGCCGUACUGUUGUACGCUUUGUGAGAAGCGGUUCAUGAUGCGAGUGCACCUAACAGUCCAUAUGCGUUCACACACUGGUGAAAAACCAUUCGCAUGUAGUUUGUGCGAAAAGGCAUUUCCUACCAAUUAUCAGUUGAAAAUGCACAGCUACGUGCAUACAGGUGAGAAAAACUACUCCUGCGAUGUUUGUGACCGCAAAUUCAGCAGCUCAGCCAAUCGUAACACUCACCGUAAAACACACGACCGGAAGACGAAUUAACAGCAUUGUCUUGGGGACCACAUUGAAAUUGAGAUACUCGCUACUAGCUGCCAACGGGUCACUCUACGCUCUGAGGAAUCUUCGCCUUUCAACACACCUGACGCCACGAUAGAAGCGGUCUACAUGAUUCCUGGUCGUCUACAUGGAAAGGGGUGGCGUGGUCGGUGCAAAUUGAAAUGAAUUGAUAUCCGGAUAAGCACAUAUAUGAGCAUAGGGGUCGGCAGCAUACAAGUGGCUAAAGUUGACAUUCUUAGACGUUUCUGAGACUUCGAAUACUGUGGAGUCACUAGAGAGUUAUGUGCUAUAACUCUUAUCUAAACCAUGGAUCCAAUUUUGCAUUCAAAACAAUAUUUUAUUGACCAACACGAAACAAAAUCGUCAUAAGACGGAAUCUAAUAGUCAAUGUACUCGACGUCGAAGAACCCAGAUGUUUAAUAGCUUCUUCCUAAUCGCUGCGAACAAGUUCUGCAUCUACCCUUUAGUAAAUGAACCGAAAACAAAACUAAAUGGUGUCCUCAUGCUCGUUGCUUGCGGAGUUGACCUGUUACCCUACACACUGUCUCUAUACCAUACUAAACCGAAA